AAAAAAUAUUAAAUUACCGAAAAAAAGGAACCUUGGAAGGCGAAGAGAAAGGUUGUUGCCGUUGGGGUUUACUGACUGCACUUGAGUUGAGAAGAAAGCUGACGAUGGAUCGGUUGCGCCCUCGUAACAGAGCCGUCUUUUCUGGUUUCACUAACGCCGAGAUUGAGAAAAUGGAGAAAUUGCUUAGAGAAUCAAGAAGACAAUCAUUCACACCCGAUUUUUACCAAAAACUAGCUAAAAGUUUCAACUAUUCAUCUGGUCGUGCUGGUAAACCUAUCAUCAAAUGGACUGAGAUAGAAAGUUGGUUUCAGACUAGGCUCCAAGACUCUCCUCAAGUCCCUGAAAAUGAGUUGUUGUCUCCUCAAGGCCUGCAAUGUAAGGAAGGAGAAAUUAUCCGAGACCCAUCAGAGUUGGAAUUUGAAGCUAGGUCUUCAAAAGAUGGGGCAUGGUAUGAUGUUGAGACAUUUGUUGAUCACAGAUUUCUUAGCACAGGGGAAGCUGAAGUCCAAGUCAGAUUUGUUGGGUUUGGAGCUGAGGAAGAUGAGUGGGUCAACAUAAAAAAUUCAGUCCGAGAACGCUCAGUUCCUUUCGAAAACACAGAGUGUUCCAACCUGAAAGUUGGAGACCCUGUCUUAUGCUUCCAGGAGAGGAGAGAUCAAGCUAUUUACUACGACGCCCACAUUGUAGAGAUCCAAAGGAGAAUGCAUGAUAUCCGAGGUUGCAGGUGUCACAUCUUAAUCCGGUAUAAUCAUGACAACUGUGAGGAAAGAGUUCGCUUGAGGAGACUUUGCCGCAGACCAAGAUCUUAGGUAUAUUUGACAUAAAUUCAUUUGGGUUCCUUUUUGCAUAAAUAUAAUAGCUAGGCAGGAAUCAAAAACAGCAAUUGACAUUUUGAGUAUUUGGGUUCUUUUCUGCAUAAAUAUAAUAGCUAUAACAUGUAUUCUACCCCUUUCUAAUUUUUGGUUGGAGUGAAUGUGCUUAAAAUUUGGAAGGGGAGGCUUUUGGAAAAUGUUUUUAUGUUGUUACUAAAUUAUGUCAUUUAUGUUUUUCUGUUAUUAAUUUUGUAGAGAAUGGCAU